AUGUCUGUGUUCACAGAGAAGUUCCAUGUGAUUGGCCCCUCAGACCCCAUUGUGGUAGAGCUGGGUGAGGAUGCCACAUUGUCCUGCUCCCUGGACCCAGUCAUGAGUGCAGAGAACAUGGAGUUGAGGUGGUUCCGCUCUGAUUUCUCAAAGUCAGUGUUCACCUAUCAAGACCGACAGGAGCAAAAUGAGGAACUGAUGGCCCAGUACAUAGGGCGGACCUCGCUGGUGGGGAAAUUCCUUAGUAAGGGUGUGGCUGCUGUGCGCAUCCACAAAGUCCAGGCUUUUGAUGAUGGGCUCUACACCUGCUUCUUCAGAGAUGGAGACUUCUAUGAGCAAGUUGGAUUGGAACUGCAGGUGGCAGGUGUGGGCUCUGCCCCCCAAGUUCACAUCUCGAGGCCAGAGGAGGAUGGGGUGCGCGUGGUGUGCACCACCUCAGGCUGGUUUCCAAAGCCCCAGGUACAGUGGAGAGACCCCCAUGGGGAGCAGUUCCAGAAGUUCUCCAAGGUCCAGGUCCAGGACACUGAGGGGCUGUUCAGCGUGGAGGCCGCUCUGGUGGUGAGAGACAGCUCUGCGGGGAAUGUGACCUGCUCCAUCCUCAACCCAGUCCUGGGCCAGGAGAAGGCCAUGGCCAUUGUCAUCCCAGGUCAGUGCUGCUCCCCCUCCCCACUCCCU